AAGCUAGCUUGGAAAUAAACGAAAGGAAGUGCUUGAACAUAGUCCAUUAGAUACAACACAACCAAAAACCAAACCAGAAAGUUGUAUUUGUAUAUCUAACUUUCUAUCCAUCUAUGCCAUUCAUCUACCUCAACUGACCAGAUGAUGUAGGAUCUUAGAUCCCAGUUAUGAAAGUUGGGCAUUUGAUAGCAGUAGCACAAAUUUGUUCAGUGUGAAGCAAUAUGGGGAACACAUGUGUUGGUCCUAGCAUUUCAAAAAAUGGUUUUGUUCAAUCAGUUUCUGCAGCAAUUUGGCGGUCCCAAUUGCCUGAAGGAUCAGUGUCUAAUAGAGAAUCUGUAAAAGAUGACAUGACUAAUGCACCUGAAUCGCCCUUGCCUGUCCAAAGCAAACCUCCUGAGCAGAUAACUAUGCCAAAACCGGAAACCAAACAACAGAAAAAAUCAGAAAUAGAGCCAGAGCUGCAACAUGAGAAGAAGAAACACAAGAAGCCUGCUUCGGUGAAGAGAGUUUCUAGUGCUGGACUUCGAGUUGAUUCCGUGUUGCAAAGAGAGACUGAAAGCUUCAAGGAAUUCUUCACACUUGGGAGAAAACUUGGACAGGGUCAGUUUGGUACAACAUUCUUGUGUGUGGAGAAGGCAACGGGACGAGAGUAUGCAUGUAAAUCUAUUGCAAAGAGGAAGCUGGUAACCGAUGAGGAUGUUGAGGAUGUGAGACGAGAAAUUCAGAUAAUGCACCACUUGGCUGGCCAUCCUAAUGUUAUAUCCAUCAAAGGUGCUUAUGAAGAUGCAGUGGCUGUUCAUGUUGUGAUGGAAUUAUGUGCAGGUGGAGAGCUUUUCGAUAGGAUUAUCCAACGAGGGCAUUAUACUGAAAGACAGGCUGCUGAGCUUACUAGGACUAUAGUUGGGGUUGUGGAAGCUUGUCAUUCGCUUGGAGUGAUGCAUAGAGACCUUAAACCUGAGAAUUUUCUCUUUGUCAAUCAGCAAGAGGAUUCACUUCUCAAAACCAUUGACUUUGGAUUAUCUGUGUUCUUUAAGCCAGGUGAUAUAUUUAAUGAUGUGGUUGGCAGCCCGUAUUAUGUUGCCCCAGAAGUAUUGCGAAAGCGUUAUGGUCCUGAAGCAGAUGUUUGGAGUGCUGGUGUUAUCCUUUACAUUCUUCUGAGUGGAGUACCUCCAUUUUGGGCUGAAAACGAACAAGGAAUAUUUGAACAGGUUCUGCGUGGUGAUCUUGAUUUCUCUUCUGAUCCCUGGCCUGGAAUUUCUGAAAGUGCAAAAGAUUUAGUGAGGAAAAUGCUUGUUCGUGAUCCCAGAAGGCGGCUGACUGCUCAUCAAGUACUAUGUCAUCCUUGGAUUCAAGUUGAUGGUGUAGCUCCUGACAAGCCACUGGAUUCUGCUGUAUUAAGUCGCUUGAAACAGUUUUCUGCUAUGAACAAGCUUAAGAAAAUGGCUCUUAUAAUUAUUGCAGAGAGCUUAUCUGAAGAAGAAAUAGCUGGCUUAAAGGAAAUGUUUAAGAUGAUAGAUACAGAUAACAGUGGUCAAAUCACUUUUGAAGAACUUAAAGCUGGUUUGAAAAGAGUGGGUGCUAAUCUUAAGGAAUCUGAAAUUUAUGAUUUGAUGCAAGCGGCUGAUGUUGAUAACAGCGGGACAAUUGAUUAUGGGGAGUUCCUUGCCGCAACAUUGCACCGUAACAAGAUUGAAAGAGAAGAUAAUCUAUUUGCAGCCUUUUCUUACUUUGAUAAAGAUGGAAGUGGCUAUAUUACUCAGGAAGAACUUCAACAGGCUUGUGAUGAGUUUGGCAUAAAGGAUGUCCACUUGGAAGAUAUCAUCAAGGAAAUUGAUCAAGACAAUGAUGGACGCAUAGAUUAUAAUGAAUUUGUGGCUAUGAUGCAAAAGGGAAAUCUACCUGUGGGUGGGAAGAAGGGCCUAGAAAAUAGUUUCAGCAUUAAGUUCAGGGAGGCUUUCAAAUUGUAGUGUCUGCAUUGACAUUUUUUCCCCUUUGCUUAUUUCCACUCCCAUCCCUCUCUUUUCAUUUUUCUUUCAUGGUUCAAAUGUUUUAUGCAUUAGUAAGUUCUAGGGAUCGCAUGGGUCCACUUAGCCCUUUCUCCCUCUGCAGUUGUUUUGUUUGUAUCCAGUUUGAAUGGAUUUUUGUAAUUACAAGAAUAUGUUGAAAGAAAUAUCUGGUGGAAUCUUUCUGUUAUAGAGGAAAUUGAUUAUUUAUCAAUUGGAUUGAUACAGAUUUUGC